AUGGCAUAUCAAUAUUCGCAUUUACCUCACGGACUACCACAAUAUCUACCACCGGGCUGCAAGUUUCUGAGCUGCCACGACGCGCAAAAUGUACUGCGAAGUUGCUCGACUUGGAGACUUCCAAAUGGGACUUUGGUCACCCCAUUGGGAGGUGAACUUUACCAGGUUGUCGAGGUUCCAGCGAACUGCGACGAACGAUGCUCAUUGCACCAGGUUUGUCGCAGUCUUGAUGUGCGUAUUUCUAGGUCGCUAAGGGUGUGGUAGAGUACGUAUUCCCUUGGUUCAUUCGGGUAGCAGUUUAGGGAAGGAGUAUCAGAAGCAAAACGGGAGCCAUUUCUUGUCAGGUUGUUUUACUGUCGUUUUUAUUUCGCUCAUCUGGAGUUUAAUUCUAAACUAAUCAAACUUAGUUAAACGAAAAAUGAAAUCUAGCUAAAACUGUCCGCCUGACUAGUAUAAAAUGGGAACGUUUCAAAGUUUCAUUUGGAGUAAAUUGGUUUGCACAGUUUCUUCCGCAGACUUGAUGUAAUUAAAAUGCAAUAUGUUGUUAUUUCACAACCACAAGGGCGUUUCUUCUCAGCGUGACGUUAAAGCUGUUUUGAUGAUUCUUUUUGUUUUUCAACGGCUUGAGAAAGGUAAUUUUUCCGAAACGAUGUGAACUUGAUAUUCAGUGAUUCACCGUUAAAAUAUUUUGGAUGGUACCUAGUUUUUGUGGAUAGCACAUAACCCCUUUUGCACGGUGCACUAUAAGGAAGGAAGUCGUAUGAGAACAAAGAUCUUUAAAAUAGGCGAACACUUCGUAGUACAAUUGGUCGGUUAGGCUUAAUAUGUGAAAACACUAUCAAGGCUACUAAAAAACAUUUUGACAAUUUUUAAGGCAGAAAAGUGCUCCUUAAAUCCAACAGAGUAAACUAGUGAUACUGUGUACAUGUACAAGGAGUUGAAAUUACUUUUCCUCAUGUAAAGACGUCCUGUUGUUCCAUGUGUUCCAUGGUUAAAAAUGCAAUUCUCAAUACUCACCUACGUAUACUUCUCUUUAUUCUAAACGAUGAGAAUUUGGUUUAACAUAGAGACAAGUAUCCCCUAUCGCUCAGAUGGCUUUUUAGCCUCUUGUCACCUGCACACUUUAGUUAACAAUGUAUUGACUUGAUAAUAAAAACAUGGAACUGGAGAAUAAAAAUUGUUACCCACAACGGACAGUCAACGGCAAACAAAAUUAAAGUUGUGCCCGACGGACAUAAAAUAACACCUAAAUAUUAUUAUGAAUUACGUGGACCGUCUUAGAAACUUAGCCCUCUGGACAGAAAUAAUGAGGACUUAAUGUCGGCAGCUAGUAAUUAAAACUUAACUUUCGUUAAGGCUGAGUGUAAACAGAAUUGAAAUGCUGAUAGGCAAAGACAAUGAUUGCUUCCUCUUAGUGGCAGGAAACACUAUUUAAAGAUUAGAAUUUAAAUAUGUAGCUUAGACCAUUUAUGAAAAUGUGCCGACGCCUCGAGUUUUGACUAACGUCGAUUCGAUGAAAUUCAACUCCGACACCAAUUAUUUUUUUUAAACAUUAGGCUGAGUAAAGGAAAGAACAACUUGAAAGAAGUAUUCACUAAUUCAAACAUCCGACAGUUUCCGUUUCUAUUAAAGAAGUUGUAUUGCCAAAAUAUUACGUACAUAGGACAUAGAAAUAAUUAAAUUUGUACAAUAUAAUGUUGACCAAUGCGAUCAAAUCCUUCCCCAGCUGCCCUGUUUCGCACACUUAGUAGCUUCUCCCGUCUAUAUUUAUCUUAUCGCGGCACGGUGAAAACAAAACUUUUAACGAUUUGAAUAGGUGUAGCGUAGGCUUGAUUUUAUUUUUCACAAAAGUGUAAUUUCCCGUAAAUUCCAACCAUUUCAGAGAAACAAUCGAUUAAGCACUGAAGUGUGAGAAUGUUAUUGUUCAGUUUUCUUAUAGCUAUUAACUCUUUGCCUUCUCCAAUUCACACCGUGUUUCAAACUACUCCAUAAAUGAUUUCUUGUAUUUUACUGUCCAAAACAGAUCUGAAACAACUGUUUCUCACCCACAUCAAAAACGCAGAUAAAAGACUUUUUAUCAUACCUGUUCAAAACUCUUCAAUUGGGUAAACUGGCAAUUUUGUUGCUAAUGGAAAAUUAUUGAAUUUUGUCAAAAAAUCUGUUGCUCCACAAAAUCUACCACUCUUGUUUUAUUCUUGUAGAUUUGUACUUAUUGCGAUCAAAACAGGGAAAAUAUUGGAAUUACAAAAAAGGGAACUUGUUAGCCGUUUCUAUUCUAUUCUCCAAACAAGGCCAGAACAAUUGUUUCAAUGCCUAUGACAUUACAGAAAUUUGAUACAAUAUUUCCAUUAUAAGUAGUUUCGAUAUUGAAAAUGUCAAACAAUUGUGAGCAGUUUAUAUGGCAUUUCCGUUUAUUCCAACGAACCAGGCCAAAUUGCAAUUUGCAAGACACGCUUAUUAAGGUCUAAAAAAGUGUUGAUGCAAAAUUUCAGUCAUUAGCUGCGGCUUCUAUACGUGGUUACUUCCUUGUCCACAGAGGAUGAGUUUUCCGCAUACCUUGUACCAGUUUUUGAGUCAUAAAAAAGACAAUAAAACACAAUGGAAAGCAAACAAUAUCUAAAAGCUCUUAAAAAAUAUAGAUGCACAUUUUAUAACACAAAAAUGAAAUAAUUUAUUGCACACCCAUCCGUGAAACAUUAACUUUCAUUGAUACCGACUACAUGUAUCCUUCUUCCAUUCUGUAUAUAUUACUUGUGGUACAGUGAUUCAUGGAAAACAUAAGAUAACACAAGACCAAUGACCACUACUCGUUUUCUUUGAUUAUAGUCACGACGUUCAGCCCCAUCUUCAGUUGCUUUGAUCACCGAGAACUCCGCUUUGCUGAGAAAUGACUGGCUUCGAUUUCGGCAUUACUCAUCAGAUCACGAGGACCCUUCCUGCUUUGCCGAGGGAGUGUCAAGAUUACCACCAUUCUACAGAGGUGAGGCUUACAGUCUAUCUCCUAAUCUAUUAAUUUGCCUGCCUGUUUUUAAUUAUGGGCAACAUAUGAUGUUUUGCGAGACUUUGUUAGCAUGCAAAAAUAGAAUGAGCCAUUCUUCAGCAUCGAUCACUUUUUUCCUGCACGCAAAGCGCUGAAAAAAUUAACUGUGCAAAUUAACAGGGUUGCAAUAAGUCUUUCUUGAACAAAAAACUGCUUAUUUUUGUACGUUUGAAUGCUGGGUAUACGUAGUUGUUCGAUCUUCCAGAGUUACAUAUCAUUAUUUAGAGACGCACUGUUCACGAAAAUCCGUAAGGAUUCGACAAGACAGAAUCCAAGCAAAGAGAUGGCUCUUACGUCGCCAGCACAGGCGAUCAUUACAACAGCACUAUCGCAACUCCAUGACCUAUUCGUUUAGAAUCACUCUUUAACAGGGAAAUUAGAUGUCACUCUUGAAAUUAUUUGGUCUCUGUACCGUGUAUAGUGUUCUCUCACAAUGUGUUUAACAAAGAAAUAAAAAAUUUUGCUUUAACCAUUUUUUUUGGUAAGGUAACAAGAGAAGGACACAAAUAUGUGGAGAAAUGCUUCAGUUACUAACUUCUCCUUUUUUGCUCAUUCUACUUGUUCCCUUCCCUUUAUUCUUCAAAAUGUUGCCUUGCGAUUUUCGCUAAGCACAGCAAGUUGAAUAAAAAACACAACACCACAUACAUUUUAGACAUGAUUUUGUCGGUUUAAAAAAUAGUUUGUUCCAUACAAUUCUUCAGCUUGCGCCAGAAAUCGGCUUCAGUUAGAACCUAAGUAAAUUUCAAAUGUUCGUAACAGUCCUUUCAUUACGCAAAGGAGGAUUUAUGUAACGAUGUACGCAAUCAAUAUUUUAAAAAGCAUUUUUGCUUUCGCUACUCCGACAAGUUCUCGGAGUCCUUCUUUUGAACAUGCGGGCUAAUUUUCAUACUUCGGCGACGGCCACUUGCCGAUUACGUACUUUUAAUACUAAUCGAGAUUUGACAUACAAGGUCUUGCUAUGCAGUCUUGUUGAGAAUAGCUGUCAUUCCACCUAAGUCAUUGUUGUAGCGCUGAGCCAGGCUAAACAUGCGUCCGUGUUACAGUUCAGCCGAGCUAAACACAAGUCUGGUUUCUCGAGAGCAGUAAUAAAUAAAUACUGACAUGGCUGAUAGUUCUUAAACAAAUUUGUUGUACACAGUGUCCCUCUGCCCUUGAAUCGAGAUAAAUUAUGGCCUGUACGUAAAAAUCCAUUGCCGAUUUAAGCGAUAUUAAAGAUUAUUCAGUUUGUUCUAGAGAAGUACCCAAUGAAAAGCCGAGAGCGAAAUCGUAAGAAUUUUUUGAUUUUUUGAAGUGCCAGCUAUGUCAGUGAACUAAAGGAGGCGAACAAAAAGUCUGAAGUAAAGAAAGAAAUAGUUUGUACUGUAAUGAUGUUUAGUCAUUAUCCUCUAAAUUUUAACUAUGAAUAUUUAAUCUGCAAUUUCGAUGAUUCAGAGAAAAAAAUUAGGGAGAAAAGAAAGCAAAUUAUCAAAAUAAAUCGUAAAACUUUUAACUGAAGUAUUCCACCUUAAGGAUGGCAAAUAUAUAUUCUGACUCAUUCAACUUGCUUCCUUUAAUAGUGCAAAUUAUGUUAGAAAGUAUGACCUUUAAUUUCACAAGAUGUACGAAAAAAAAAGAAAGAAAGAUUGGAUAAUUUAUAGAUAUCCCAGCAAGUGACCUUGUGUUUAGUUCCAAGAAGAAUUUUACUUUAGGGACUAGGUAAGAGAGUGGUGUUAUUACUUCUACGCAUUGAUGCCGAAAAAAAAACCGUCUCUUUAUUUAAUCCAAGAGCAACUCUCGGCAGGACACACUUCCCUUUGUUUAAAAGCCUAAAAACACAGGUGGCGUGAAGAAAAAAAGAAAACCGUAUUAUUGAUAAAGAUUCACACGUGUAAUAACUUGAUAGAACUCUACAAAUAAAAGAAAUUCCUCGUGAAUUUUCUUUGAAAUGUGUGCACAUGAUUUGAAGUUAGGAUUUUUGGUUUCGAGUAUACGUGUAUUCAAUUCAGUUAAGCUUGCGUGCUCUGAAAACACCAUUAUUAUUUUCUUUCCCAGAAGACAGCACAAUUAAUUUAAUUUCAUGGCAAAAAGUGAUGUCUUCGAAAUUGGAUUCUAAAAGUAAUUUCCAUCAGGAAAUUAACAGCAAAUAUUAGUUCCCCCUGCAAAUCACUAACAAUAAUCAAAUCAUUAAAGUUGCAUUAACUUUGAUACAAUGCGUUUAUUUAAAAACCUUGCUAUUCCAAUUGUGUUUUGGAUUUAUUUAUCUGGGUCCUACUGCGAUAUAUUGAUUGAGCUUAAUUGCCUAAUAUAUUUUGGUGUUAUAUUAAAAAUAUCUUUACUCACUUUCCAGAUGGCCCUCGCUGCAACUGUCAACUCUGCGUCACCACCUUGUAUCCCGAUCGCCUUUACGAGCACCACCUGUCGCAGAUGAAACCGCAUGAUAUGAUGUGCAGGCUCAGGGAAGAAAGAUUAUCUCCUUUGCUUCAUAAACAAAAAACCGAGGCAUUGGAAAGUCCAGGAGCUUUUCCUUUUGCUCUUUCACAUCAAUCUUCGUCUUCGUCGUUGAAUUCACCUCAAGAGGAACAAAGACGACAAAAGCAAAAGCGAUUUCAAUGCAUGCACUGUGAGAAGUCCUUCGGCAAAUCCUCGCAUCUUCGGGAUCACAUCCGAACUCACACCGGCGAUCGGCCCUUUCGCUGUCAGUUUUGCAACAAGGCGUUCACACAAUACUCGAACUUGAGAACGCACACACGCAUUCAUACAGGUGAAAAACCAUUUAAGUGUCACCACUGUAACAAAAGCUUCACCCAGGCUGUCACGCUUCGCAGUCACACAAGAACUCACACUGGAGACCGACCAUACCAUUGUAAGCGAUGCAGUAAAUCGUUUGCCUGUUUUUCCGGUUUGAAAGGACAUCACAGAGUCCACUCAGAAUUGGAACAGGAGGAACUAGAAAUCUGA